CGAAAAUGUCGUUUGCUGGGAAAUAAAAUAUUUUUAUUUUAAUGACGUACGGUACAAAAUUUCAAAACCAAGACAAUAGAAACAUUUGAGGCUCAUAAAUCAUCAGAGAUAAACAUCCAACAGACUUCAACUGGUUUUAUGAUUUUGGAUGAGAAGACUACUGUAAAAGUUGAAAAUAUCUUCAGUGGUCCCAUUAAGUCUCAGCCCCCCAACAGUGCCAGCUGUAGCAUGCAGCAGUGCACUAAUAGCAAUAACAAGGCCAAACAUAGCAGCAGCAACAGCAGUCCCAUAACAAAAUGCAGUCUUGCUGAAGGAAACAAUAAGUUGACUCCGCACAAUAUCAGUAACAGUAACAAGACUCAACAAGCAGACAGUAGCAUUGAUGCUUCACAGAAGUCUAGUUGCAGUAAUAGCAGUGAUGGUCAACCCUUUAACAGUGACACCAGCAAGGAUAGUAGCAGUAGUGUUAAGAGAGCUAAUUCAAAGUCGACUGGAAGCAGAAGCCAGUGUGGUGAUGAGGAUAAAAUGGACUGUGAGGAGUACACAGAAAUGUUGCCUAACAGCGUGUAUAGCAAGAGGAAUCACAGUGAUAUCAUGGAGGCUGAGCAUUCAGAAAUGAAAGAUGACAGCAUCAAUAAUAAAACAAAUAGUGAUGGAGUUUCAUCUUGCGGUAGUGACAUCAUUGAUGAUAAUACCAGUCAAAGUAACGUAGCCAAGAAGGAAGAAACAAGAAUUGAAAAUAAGGCUGACACUACUUGUAUCAGUAAUAACAGCAACAGUGAUGGUACCACUGAUGGCAACAUUGCUAGUGGUGACGAUAGCAGUAACGGUACCACUGAAAAUAAUGACAAUGUGGUGCAAUGGAGUCAGGCUGAGUUCUUGAGGUUUAGGAACAAGCUGUUUGAAAUUAUGGAGGAAUUAAGAAUUAAAAGGGAUGAAGUGACUUCGGAGAAAACACACCUGGUGAGCCAGCAUGCUGAGGAGAUGGAAGUGCUGCAGCAGAAAAAUAGAGCCAGCCUAAAGACACUGGAAGAGGAAAAGGCUAAGCUGAAGAUGCAUAUGCACUGCAAUGAAUCGGAGAAAAAAUCCCUCAAAGAUGAUGUAAGGGUCCUGAAGUUCAUGAAAUACAACUUAGAAAAGAAAACCCAGGAACAAGAACGGCAGCUGUGUCUGUGGAGGAACACCAAAGAUGGAAGUCUUGCGCAGAUUCAGGAACUCGAGAAAAAGACCAGGAUGUUUACGCAAGAUGUGAAGAAGGUGAUGGAAGUCCAGGAACGUCUGGAACUCAACGGCCCAGCAGUCUUUACAAUGUUGGGACCCAUUGUGCCGUCUCCUCCAGUGAGGAAUCUCAUCUAA